GACAAACACACACAUCUGGUUUCCUAGAAAUGGAGAGGGGAGGAGCGAUGAAAGUGAAAGUGUUCACUCAGUUUGUUCACACUCGACAGUCGAAACAACAGAACAGAGGAAGAAGGAAAAUGGAAGCAGGAAUGACUGAAGUCCAGAAGAUGGAGGAAGAGGAGGAUGGAGCAGAGUCUACAGUAUCCAGAUGUCUAUCUAUGAAGAGUGAUAUGUCCAGAAGAUUACCUCCAGACUUCAGUGAAGAACCUGGACCCUCAGACACAAAAGAGAGGAAGAGGAGUCCUGUUUCUGUGGAGGAGCAGCUGUCCUGCUGUGCUUUGUGUCAGGACGUCCUGAAGGAUUCAGUCUCUACCAGCUGUGGACACUGGUUCUGCAGACAGUGCAUCACCUCAUACUGGGACCAGUCUGCUUCAUCAGGACACUCCUCCUGUCCCCAGUGUGGAAAAAGACCCAGGACAAGACCAGGCCUGCAGACAGCCAGUCAGAGCAGCUCUGGACAAAGUAAGACUGGACAUCUUCAGUUUUCUGAGAAUUCAAACACGGAUAAUUUUCUUUCUGUCUCACAUUUGUUCUUCUUUCCGUCAGAUGUUGGUCUCCAGGAGGUUUUAGAUGAACAUAAGAUUAGUCUGAGGAGGAGAUGUGAACAUGUGACUGAAGGAACUGAUGUAAGAGGAAGAGGAACCCUCCUCAACAGGAUCUACACUGAGCUCUACAUCACAGAGGGAUUGAGUGAAGAGGUUAAUAAACAACAUGAGGUGAAGCAGCUUGAGAAAGCUUCCAAGAUGGAGGCCCUCCAUGACACUCCAAUCAGGUGCCACGACAUCUUUAAAGCCUUAUCCAACCAACAGAGACACAUCAGAGUGGUUCUGACCUACGGCGUCGCUGGCGUUGGAAAAACCUUCUCAGUGCAGAAGUUCACUCUGGACUGGGCAGAGGGUUUGGAAAACCAAGAUGUCAGUGUGAUUAUUGUGCUUUCGUUCAGGGAGCUGAACUUGAUCAAAGAUGAGCAGUACAGUCUUCUCAGGCUGCUCCAUGUUUUCCAUCCAACAUUACAGAAGGUCACAGCAGAGCAGCUGGCUGUCUGGAAACUUUUGUUCAUCUUUGACGGCCUGGAUGAAAGCAGACUUUCACUGGACUUCAACAAGAGGAAGGUUGUGUCUGAUGUGACACAGAAGGCAUCAGUCAACGUGCUGCUGACAAACCUCAUCAAGGGGAACCUGCUUCCCUCGGCUCUGGUCUGGAUCACUUCCAGACCUGCAGCAGCCAAUCAGAUCCCUCCUACAUGUGUUGACAGGGUAACAGAAGUACGAGGCUUCACUGAUGCCCAGAAGGAGGAGUACUUCAGGAAGAGGUUCAGUGAUGAAGAGCUGUCCAGCAGAAUUAUCUCCCACAUCAAGACCUCCAGGAGCCUCCACAUCCUGUGUGGAGUCCCAGUCUUCUGCUGGAUCACUGCUACAGUUCUGGAGCACAUGUUGACUACAGAGCAGAGAGGAGAGCUGCCCAAGACCCUGACUGACAUGUACUCACACUUUGUGAUGGUUCAGACAAAGAGGAAGAAGAACAAGUACCAUGAGGGACAUGAGACGAGUCCACAGGAGCUGACAAGAAAUGACAGGAAAGUUCUUCUGAAGCUGGGGAGGCUGGCGUUUGAACAUCUGGAGGAAGGAAACAUCAUGUUCUACCAAGAAGACCUGGAGCGCUGUGGUCUGGAUGUGACAGAGGCCUCAGUGUACUCAGGAGUAUGUACAGAGAUCUUCAAAAGAGAGAGUGUGAUCUUCCAGAAAUCAGUCUACUGCUUUGUUCAUCUGAGCGUUCAGGAGUUUCUGGCUGCAGUCUACAUGUUCCACUGUUACACCAACAAGAAGACAAAGGUGGUGGAGGACUUCCUGAGGAAAAAAGGCCGCCAUGUCUCUGCUAAGUCUCUGGAUGACUUCCUGUUUGGAGCCAUGAAGAAAUCUCUGCUCAGUAAAAAUGGUCACCUGGACCUGUUUGUUCGCUUCCUUCAUGGCCUCUCUCUGGAGUCCAACCACAGACUCUUAGGAGGUCUGCUGGGUCAGACAGAGAACAGUCCAAGAAUCAUGCAGAGAAGCAUCAACAACCUGAAGAAGAUGAACACUGAUAAAAUGUCUCCUGAUAGAUGCAUCAACAUCUUCCACUGUCUGAUGGAGAUGAACGACCUCUCUGUUCAUCAGGAGAUCCAGGAGUUCCUGAAGUCAGAGAACAGAUCAGAAUAUCUCUCUGAGAUCCACUGCUCAGCUCUGGCCUACAUGCUGCAGAUGUCAGAGGAGGUUCUGGAUCAGUUGGACCUGGAUCAGUACAACACAUCAAGGGUGGGACGUCAGAGACUGAUCCCAGCUGUGAGGAACUGCAGAAAGGCUCGAUUAACUGAAUGUGAACUCUCACAGACUCACUGUGAAGUUGUUGCCUCAGCUCUGAAGUCCAACCCUUCCUAUCUGACAGAGCUGGACCUGAGUAACAAUGGCCUGAAGGAUUCAUUAAUAAAGCAUCUGUCUGCUGGACUGGAGAGUCCAAACUGUAGACUGGAGACUAUGAGAUUAAGGAGCUGCAGGUUGUCAGAGAUCAGCUGUGAUUCUCUGGGACCAGCUCUGAAGUCCAACCACUCCCAUCUGAAACAUCUGGACCUGGGUUACAACAAAGACCUGAAGGAUUCAGGAGUGAAGCAGCUGUGUGGUUUUCUGGAGAGUCCAGACUGUAGACUGGAGACUCUGGACUUAAUUUGCUGCAGGUUGUCAGAGAUCAGCUGUGAUUCUCUGGUCUCAGCUCUGAAGUCCAACCCCUCCCAUCUGAAACAUCUGGACCUGAGAAACAACAACCUGAAGGAUUCAGGAGUGAAGCAGCUUCUUGAUCUUGUGAAGAGUCCAGAAUAUAAACUGGAGACUAUGAGAUGGAGGUGAUGAUGUUUAUGAAGAGGAUGGUGUGUGAGUUGAGAGAGGAUUCAGAGGUUGAAGCAGCAGCAGCUUGUGUGUAGAGAGACUCUGAGUCAGAUAAAUGCUGCAGAUUAAACCACAUGUUCAACAGAAACAUGAACUAAAACACACACAUUCUACUCACAGUGAUGCAGCCAUUGUUCAGUUUCACUCACUCAGCAUUUAUGGACUCCGCUGAGUCAACAUUGGAAUCUAAAACUUUUGGACUUUUCUCUGAUAUUUCCUGACACUGUUGGAGCUUCUGUUCAGUUCCAGUGGAUGUGUGUAUUUGCUGGAUGCUUUUAUUUAUUUAUUUUUCAUCAGGAAUUCAUACACCUCAAUUAAAUCAGACAUGUAACAUCUGAACAUGAAACACAAGAGCUUAAGAUACAGCUGAUGAUGCUACAUGAGAGAUUGAUGAUCAGUAAAGAGAUUGAUAGAGCUAGUAUUCAAAUUAAUAAUUAUAUAAUAUAUAAUUAUAUAUGUAUAUAUAUGUUUAGUGUGUUUACAGAGAGCUGAUAAAGUGACUGUUAUGUGGAUCAACAUGAGCAUCAAACUGUCAGUGAUAAUAGUUGUUCUAUUCCAGGUGAGUUCACUGCUACAAUGCAAAAAAAAAAGAAAAAAAAGAAGAGAAUUUCAAGAAAGCAAAAAAGCCUUUUAUCAAGGAGAGACAAGAACUCUGUGCUUAUUGUAAGGAUUUUUGUCAAGCAUAAAAAACUUAACCCAUUGGCAGGAGGCAGAGGAAACAUAAGCAGGCUGGAACUACUGCAACUAUAAGACAUGAACACUGGGCAGGUUGAAGAGGCCAGUAUAAACCACAAGUUCAACAGAAACAUGAACUAAAAAUGGGUCAAUGGAGGUAUUUCAGGGUGGUCCCAAAAUCUUUGAUGUUUGAGGGAGACCCCCGAUAAACAAUUUCUGACUGAGGUGGUGGAUCGUGGACUAUGAUUCCGGUCAGAGAAUCAAGGCACUUGAAGAGAGAAAUCUCGUUUCCUUCUUUAAUGUUUUUUAGCCUAUUUCAAUUUACAGAACAUGUGUGUGGUCUGAAAAUAAAGAAAGACAAUGAACUGUA